AUGGAUUCUGUUAUUCCUGCUGGGUUUUAUUGCGGAAGCCCUUCCGGAUGGUGCGUCACCCCGCCUCCAAUCGUAGCUCUGCCACCGCCUCCGACCGACAACAAUUAUAUACUCGCCUUUCGAAUUCCGCUACUUGACAAAAUGGAGGCAAUCCAAAAAUCCCGCAGUCGUUUUCAUCGCUUCAACCAUUGUCAAUACUGUACCCGUGAUUUCAUCUUUUCCAGCCUGCUAAAGUCCGACUCGUUUGCCAUUGACAGGCCGCAGCUGACUAACCUUCUCGAGAAAGCGCUUCCCCCGGGUUCAAAAUUCGCUUGCAAAGGUCAUGUGGAACAAUGGUUGGGAAUAAUUGACGUCGGCUGUGUGGCAACUGUUGAACGUCUGCCGAUGUUUCACUUCCCUGGGAAUAGGGUCGAACAGACAGAAUACUUCUUCCUGCAGCAAAACCUGUUUAAGAUUUUCGCCCAUCUCUUGGAGGACUCUUGUACAGAGGUCCUAGACGAUGUGCGACCAGAUCUCGUCAACCUGCUUGAAGAUCUUCGUCAGAACGAACAAAGCUUUAAGGUAAUCAUAACUACAUCGCAAAACCAGUUUCGAAAUAGCCUAACUCUGGGCGCUCCUAGCUUGGGCACCUUAUCUCCCAGUCUUGGUGUGUGUACGGCUUACUCAAAGGUCGGACCGGCCUCAACGGCAGGACACCCUAAUUCACCGACAGUUGCCGUGGCUACGAAUAACGGAGCCUUGUGGUUACAGAAGGUUGAGCAAAGGACAGAAUCUGAUAGCGACUUAGCUACUGUGGGAAAUCUGACCGGUGAGGCGGUUUUUAAGAAUAUUCAACCACUCUGUUUGUCCCCAGCUUCUUACGGCGUGUUAGCGAACUUAUUACACACCACCCCGGUUAUAUCUCGAACCCACUAUCUCUCGCCUACGUUACCGCAGGCCGUCCUUGAUGAUAGAACGAGUUUUUCUAAACGCCAUUCUCUCAAAGUUCGUCGCAGCAAGAAAAACCGCGAAACAGAUCCUAAUGAAAAUUCUGUGUCCAACCUCUUUUUCCGGACACUCCCUGGCCAGUUCUUGUCCUUCAGUCAUUCAACAAUCCACCUUUAUUCCAUCUACAUCCGAUCACUUUUGCUCCCCACCCAGUACAUUUUACAUUUCCCUUUCUGUAUUCGUCCUCACGACAGCCGUCCCCGUCUUCUCGUUAUUGGCAAUCGAAAGUUGCUAGCGUAUCUGUCCCAUGAAUAUUCUAUACAUUUACUCAAAUUAGACAACCAACAGCAACAUACGACGCAAGAGUUUACCCACCGUUCAAACGUUAUCACAUGUCAUUCAUUCACAUCCCUUUUCAUUCAUUCAUAUCACAUCUCUUUCAUUCACAUCACCUUUCAUUCAUUCAUAUCACAUCUCAUUCAUUCACAUCACCUUUCAUUCUUUCAUAUCACAUCUCAUUCAUUCACAUCACCUUUCAUUCUUUCAUAUUACAUCUCUUUCAUUGACAUGCUGUUUCCUUCAUUCAUAUCACAUCUCAUUCAUUCAUAUCCUCUUUCAUUCAUUCAUCAUUAUCUCAUUCAUUCAUAUCCGCUUUCAUUUAUUCCAUUUACAUAUCAUUCAUUCAUAUUCUCCAUUUCUGCCUAUCCGCGUCCAACGCCAAUCUUCGUUAUUUUCAGACAACGGCUUUGUUCGUUUCUUUCCAUCGUUACAUCUCUUUACUUUACUUCUUUCCUCUUUGCAAAUUCAAGAAGCGUGAUCGCUUGA